AAGCUUAUGUUUAAAAAUCAGUUCGAUACAAGCUAUGUAGGAUUCACAAAGAAUGGAGCACAAUGGUUGGUGGAGAACACUGACAUCAAGAUGGUUGGAAUUGAUUAUUUAUCUGUUGCUGCCUGGACUGAUUUGAUUCCAUCUCAUCUCGUCUUUCUAAAGAGCAGGGAAAUCAUUCUUGUGGAAGCCCUAAAACUUGAUAACGUUCAACCUGGAAUAUAUUCUGUCCACUGCUUACCUCUAAGGUUGCUUGGUGCUGAGGGAUCUCCAAUAAGAUGCAUUGUCAUCAAAUAAUUAUUUUUUUCAGUGCACAAUGAUGUCCUUACGAGUCGAAAGCAGAAUAAGACGGUGUAAAAUGAGACUGUAAAUGAUCAUAAAGAGGGAUGCUGUUUUAACAUGUUUUUAUGGUGUGUUUGCCCUCAUUGCAUAAACUUAUUUGAGAAUUAUCUUAAACUAGUCAUUUGCCUUUGCCUGUA